UACACUUUCUGCAUAUUUUUCUGCAUCUACUCUCUAUGUCAUUAUGGGCACCUCUUAAAUUGGCAUGGAAAGGAACUUACAAGAAGUUGCAGUUAUACAGAACUUACUGUGAGUGGUAAGGACCUGAAACGAUGUGAGAACCGCAAAAAUGUGUGUAUCAUGGACAUGAGAGACUGUGCUUCUGUACCAUCACAUGGGCAGGACAGGUUUUUAAAUGCGUCAUGCCAUUAUCAUGUCCUACAGAGAUCCUUUACCUGCAAAUGGAUUUAUUUAAAUAAUGGGAGAGCCAAUAUAACAAACUCAUUCAUUUUCAGUCAGCAUCAAGACUUCAAACAUUGCCCUUCCAUUUUUAACCCUGUUGCUGCCUUUAAUAUGAAUAUAAUAUCAAAAGAUAUCAUCAACAAAGUAGAAUUCAUUUCUGAAGCCUACACAAUAUCCAUCAACGAAAUAACCCAAGCUCCAUGUCCUGUUAUCACAUCAGUGAAUGCAACAGCAACAUCACUAAAUGUAAUAUGGAACAAAAGUCACUGGCACAGCACAAAAUGUCAAAUACGUUACAAGUGCUCCACUACGGAACAAUGGACAGUGGAAUUACUGAUGGCCCCUGAGAACAAAGAACUAGAGAUUUCGCAUGUAAUUCAUGGCCUGCAGCCUUUUAGCCAGUACAGCCUUACUGUUGCCUGUAGUGGGGAUUAUGGGCUAUGGAGUGACUGGAGUGAAGAAUUUCAAGGAAUGACAUUAGAGGCUAUUCCCACUGCACCACCUUACGUCAGCUUUCAUGUUGUGCCUUCUGACAACAGAUCCAAGCCUCCAAAGCUGAUACUUAUCUGGAAGGCUUUGGAGAUAAAAGAGGCCAGAGGAGUCAUUCUUGGAUAUGAGGUGACCUACACACCUACGAAACAGCCAGGUUUGAAUGGAACGAUUCGAACUAAGGAUCAGAAAGCUAUCUUAGAGGUGACUGCAGGGGAAUAUGACCUGAUAGUAAUGGCCUAUAAUACUGCUGGACAGUCUCCCUCAACUAAUCUUCGAAUCAGUGCUGGUGUUUUUCCAAGUCUACCCAAGGUAAAAGGACUCUGGGCCAGCAGUGAAGCAUUUUCACUCAGGAUUCGAUGGGAGGCAGCAGCUGUGAAUGUUAGCGAGUUUGCCAUCGAGUGGUUCUCUUUUGGUGAUGUUGACUCUACCCAAUGGAAAAGACUAAAUGGCUCAACGUUUUCAACUGUUCUGACAGGUCCUAUUAAGCCCCUAAAGACCUACAGCAUCACUGUGUAUUCUCUUUAUGGAACUCUGUGUGCGCCCCCAGAAACAAUUCAAGCCAAUCUAGAGUAUGGCACCCUUUUAGACAUUGUUCAGCUGCAACUUGUAAAUGUGACAAAAACGUCGGUCACAGUCCAGUGGGUGUGGCAAGAACAAUCCCCAACCACAAAUGUUCUUCAAUACAGAAUUGUGUUAAUUGGGGCCAGUGAAACAAGUUCAUUUAGCAUUUUCCCACAUCAGUGGCAACACUCAUUCCACAACCUACAGACAAAUGUCAAGUACACUGUAUGUAUUUAUGGAGAGACUACAUCUGGGAAUUUUUUAAAGGCAAAUAUUGAAUUUAAAACACCUCAUCUUGACAGUGAUGAAAUAAUAAAAGCUGCUCUUCCAAUUGUAGUACUUCUUGUUACAUUCAGUAUUUUCUCAGUUCUUUCUAGAACUGUCUUUAAGGACUACUUUUUCCCCAACAUUUCUAACCCUGGGCAUAGUUUUAUUGGACACUGGCUGCAAAAUCUGCCAUAUGAGAGGGAGGCUGUGGUGAAUGUGCUAAAAUUGGAGGAUUUCUCAGUGAAAAGUCAACUCAUUCACAUAGAGCCCCAACUGGCUUUAGAUAGAGAGGGCUCAGAUGAAGACUUGACCAUGUCAAAGACGUCCCUUCCUGAUAACUACCAAAUAGAAAAUUCAAACAAUUUUGAGAACUCUAUGACUUUGCCUGGUUUUAGUGAGUAUGUUGACCUGCCUUUGCUUCAUGCUAAUUUUGGCUAUGUUGAAAACUGAGAGAUACAGCUAACAUUUUUGUGAGACAACAGUCGUCAUUUAAAACAAAACUGGGAGUAAUCAGCAGUUCAGAAACCUAAUAACCAUUAUCACACUUGAUUACUGUGCUUUUAAUAAACUCUUUUAAUUUA